AUGGACGGAGUGUAUUUGGAUGAGAAUGGGGAAGUGGGAGCCGACUGGGACAUCGUGAACUGGGUGCUGUUUCCCAAUCGGACCAACCUUAGAAUGAGGUUCGGGAGCAUCAAGAGACAGGGAUCCUCGGACCUAAAGUGCACCAUUGAUGCAGAUGUGUUGCCCAAAAGGCUCAACAAGACCUUGCCUCCCUCCAAGUGUGUGGAAAGUUGCAGCCCUGGACUGGUCAAACGUGUUCAGGAAGGAAUGCCACUCUGCUGCUAUGAUUGCGUUCCCUGUGCAGAAGGGACCAUCUCCACUCAGGAAGAUGCUGAACAUUGCACCAUGUGUCCAGAAGAUCAACAUCCAAACAAGGCCAGAGAUCAAUGUCUGGCCAAGAAUAUCACCUUCCUGGCUUAUGAAGAAUAUUUGGGUGUUCUCCUGUCUUCCUUGGCCAUCUUUUUAUCCCUAACUGUAGGCUUUGUGUUAGGAAUCUUCAUUAAGUAUAAUGAAACUCCCAUAGUCAAAGCCAAUAACAGAGACCUCUCUUAUAUCCUCCUUGUUUCCCUCUUGCUUUGCUUUUUGUCCUCCUUCCUUUUUAUUGGCCAGCCAAGGAAAGCCACCUGCCUUCUCCGACAAAUGGCCUUCAGCGUCAUCUUCUCAGUUGCCAUCUCUUCUGUGUUGGCCAAAACCAUCACUGUGGUGCUGGCCUUCCUGGCCACAAAACCAGGAAACACAAUGAGGAGAUGGCUGGGGAAGAGUCUGGCCAACUCCAUUGUCAUUUCCUGUUCCAGUAUCCAAGUUGCCAUCUGCAUCAUCUGGCUGGGAAUCUCUCCACCCUUCCCAGAGUCUGACAUGCAUUCGCAGCCCGGAGAGAUCAUCCUGCAAUGCAAUGAAGGGUCUAUUGCCAUGUUUUAUGCUGCCCUCGGCUACAUGGGCUUCCUGGCCUCCAUCUGCUUCACUGUGGCUUUUCUGGCCAGGAAGCUGCCUGGGGCCUUCAAUGAAGCCAAGCUGAUCACCUUCAGCAUGCUGGUCUUUUGCAGUGUUUGGCUCUCCUUUGUGCCCACCUACCUGAGCACCAAGGGGAAAUACAUGGUGGCUGUGCAGGUCUUCUCUAUCUUGGCUUCCAGUGCUGGGCUUCUGGGCUGCAUCUUCGUUCCCAAGUGCUACAUAAUUGUACUCAGGCCUGAUCUGAACACAAAGGAGCAUCUGACAACAAAAGCUGGUUCUUAA